AGCUGUUCUUAUGAUCCGUCUUGCCCACCUCCUCAAAUUCUUUUUCGAUUGCACGCAGAGACCGCAAAUUCUCCACCGUUCGCUUGUCUGAAUGACUUGAAAAAAGGAGUGAAUCUUGUUUCUCUGAAUGGUUCUUCUGGAGAUGUCGAAUCAUCUGCUUCGUUUGAUGUGGCAGCUUCAGAUGGAGAGCUCAUCAACUGUGUAUGUAUAUCGUCUAGGUCCUUGCCUCCGUCCUCGCUUAUAAUCGGUGUGUCCUUCGGGGAUGUGGCCGAGCGAGUUUCUGCUGACGCCCGUGCAGCAUUGGCACGAUCAUUUGGUGCGGUAAAGGUUGCCCGAUUGGCGAGGAGCUUCGUCAUAUGCAAUUUUGGGUCAGCAUGGAUUACAGCAACAUGCAUACGAAGUUGUAAGUUGAUAAAGCACUUAGUUAUACGACUAGCAGCCAUUCCCAGUAACUUUGCCCAUCUUCAAUCCACGUAG